AAUACAUUAUUGGUCUAUAAAGGAGACAUUCUGGUGCAUCUUCGAACGUUAUACUUUUUUUGUGAAAUAAAAAAAGCAGUUAAAGUUCAGACAAAUCAAAACUAUAACAUAAAUGAACAAUGGCGCCGACAAAUAAUAGUCAUACUAACGAAACCUCAAGUAAGUCCUCCGCGAGCCCUGCAGAGCCAAAGGGAAAGCGACCCCCUGUGCUCGUGGACGGGGUGACUCUGAAUGGCCCCACGCUGGACAUCCGUGAAGCGGAGAGCUUCCUGAGGGACGCCAUGCCCAUCAUAAUGGAGGAGGCUGUCCGGAAGGCCACAGACGUAAAGGAGAAGGUCUGUGAGUGGCGGUCUCCGGAGCAGCUCAAGGAGGUACUGGACCUGGAGCUGAGGGAUGGAGGUGAGGCAAACCCAAAGAUUCUGCAGCGCUGCCGGGAUGCUAUCCGAUACAGUGUCAAGACCGGUCAUCCGCGUUUCUUCAACCAGCUUUACGCGGGCCUUGAUCCUUACUCCCUAGUUGGACGCUUCAUCACAGAAGCUCUGAACCCCAGUCUCUAUACAUAUGAAGUAGCUCCAGUGUUCAUACUGACAGAGGAGGCAGUGCUGAAGAAGAUGAUAGAGAUCAUUGGUUGGACAGAAGGAGGGGACGGCCUAUUCAGUCCAGGUGGCUCUGUGUCCAACAUGUACGCUGUGAACGUGGCCCGGUACCAGCGCUGUCCAAAUGUCAAGGAGCUGGGUCUGUCGGCCAUGCCUAGACUGGUCAUGUUUACGUCUGAGGAGUGUCAUUACUCUGUUGCCAAAGCAGCCGCCUUCCUGGGAAUUGGCACCAAGAAUGUUUAUGUGAUCCGAUCAGAUAAGAGAGGGAAGAUGAUACCAGCAGAGUUUGAGAAACAAGUACAGAGAGCCAAAGAUGAGGGAGCGCUGCCGUUCAUGGUAAAUGCUACAGCCGGAACCACCAUUUUGGGGGCCUUUGACCCGCUGGAGGAGAUCGCUGACAUCUGUGAACGACACAGUCUGUGGAUGCACGUGGAUGCUUGUUGGGGAGGAGCAGCUCUCAUGUCGAAUCAGCACAGACACCUGCUGAAGGGGAUCCACAGGGCUGACUCAGUAGCCUGGAAUCCUCAUAAGAUGCUAUUGGCUGGGCUGCAGUGCUGUGCCUUCAUGGUUAGAGGCCAAACGGAUAUUCUCCAGCGGUGUCACUCGGCCAACGCCUCCUACCUCUUCCAGCAGGAUAAGUUCUAUGACAUCAGCUACGACACAGGGGACAAGUCCAUCCAGUGCAGCCGCAAGCCGGACGCCUUCAAGUUCUGGCUGAUGUGGAAAGCACUCGGCACCAAGGGUCUGGAGGAACGAGUAGACAGGGCCCUCGCUAUGGCCAGGUAUCUUGCAGAGGAGAUCAAGAAGAGAGAGGGAUUCCGUCUUGUCAUGGAGCCUGAGUAUGCCAACGUCUGUUUCUGGUACAUUCCACCCAGUCUGAGGAGCACUCCGGAGGGACCGGAGUUUUGGAAGAGGGUCCAUGCAGUGGCGCCAGUGGUUAAGGAGCGUAUGAUGAAGAAAGGGUCAAUGCUGGUGGGUUACCAACCACACGGAGACAAGGUGAACUUCUUCAGACAGAUCAUCAUUAGCCCCCAGGUCAGCAGAGAAGACAUGGACUUCCUGCUGGAUGAGAUAAACACCCUGGGAAAGGACUUAUGAUCCCACUGUCCUCUUGCACUUUUUUUGACCUGAGGCCCCCUGUAUGAGGCCUGGUUAUAAAGUAGGACCCUAAAAAGGGAUUAGUGUGUCAUUUUGAACAAAACCCAUGGGUCUUUGCUUCAUUUCUCACAAAACAGGAUGUCGUUUGGGAUGUUUUGUAUUAUUUUGUGUUCACAGAACAUAACCUAGGUGUUCUAGAGCAUGUAAUUCUUCCACUGCCUGGCCCUUCUAUAGUGUUCAAGUGUUCUAGAUCAUGGACAGUCGCCUACAUUGGAGGUUUGAUGUAUUUGAUCUCUUUACUGGAACCAAUUUCAGAUCACUCGAAAAGCCACAAGGAAUUGUUCUUUAAAUGUUUAUCUGCUUUUGUGACCAAUUUUGCUGUUACUGUUGUAUGUUAUGCAACGCUCAGCUGAAAUAUAAUCUAAAAUAUUAUUUUCAGGAGAUACACACACUGUCUAUAUGGUACAUAGAGUUAUAUCAUUUCAAGAGAUUCAUUCAGUAUAUCAGCUCUAGAGAUGUAUUAUUAUAAUGACAGAGAUUCUAUCUAUUUAUUAACAUGCUAUUGUUAUGAUUGUCUCUUAUGAAGAAUUGCAUUGCACAUGUAAUCACUUUAAUCAUUUUAAAAUCUGUUUUAAAAUGUAGUAAACUGGAUACUGUGGGUCCACUUAAAGAAAUCAGAUGCCGACUGAUAAAGGGCUUUAUUACUCGUUUUAAAAUGACUGCAAGGGGCCGUUAUUUAGUAGCCAAGACAAGUCUUAUGAUACAUCAUAGUGUAUUGUACUAGUCUGCUUAACAUAAAUUGUUCUUUAGCUUGACAUCAAAGAGAAUGCUGCUUACUUAUACAUUAAGUUAUUAUAAUAAUACAUCAUGAUAUUCCUAA